AUGAGUGGACCACCAGCAUCUAAGUACAAGGUCGCCGACAUCUCACUGUCAGCCUUUGGCCGUCGCGAAAUUGAGCUCGCCGAAAAUGAGAUGCCAGGUCUCAUGGCCACGCGGAUAAAGUACGCAGAAGAUCAGCCACUGAAGGGCGCCCGUAUCGCAGGAUGUCUACACAUGACUAUUCAGACCGCUGUUCUCAUUGAAACCCUCACAUCUCUCGGAGCCGAAGUCACUUGGUCAUCAUGCAACAUCUUCUCCACACAAGACCAUGCUGCAGCUGCCAUCGCUGCUGCAGGUACUCCAGUGUUCGCCUGGAAGGGUGAGACCGAGGAAGAAUACAACUGGUGUUUGGAGCAACAGCUCGUAGCCUUCAACGAUGGAAAGACCCUCAACUUGAUCCUCGAUGACGGUGGAGACCUGACAGCGCUGGUACACAACAAGCACCCUGAGAUGCUCAAGGACUGCUACGGUGUUUCAGAAGAGACGACCACUGGUGUCCACCACCUGUACCGAAUGCUCAAGGGGAAAGGUCUUCUGGUACCCGCUGUCAACGUGAACGACUCCGUUACGAAGUCCAAGUUCGAUAACUUGUACGGUUGCAGAGAGUCUCUCAUCGAUGGUAUCAAGCGUGCCACAGAUGUCAUGGUUGCUGGCAAAGUCGCCGUUGUCGCUGGAUUCGGUGACGUCGGCAAAGGAUGCGCUCAGGCUUUACACAGCAUGGGUGCCCGUGUCAUUGUCACCGAGAUUGAUCCUAUCAACGCUCUGCAGGCGGCCGUUUCAGGCUACCAGGUCACUACCAUGGAAGACGCUGCACCGGAAGGUCAGAUCUUCGUCACUACGACUGGAUGCAGAGAUAUCCUCCUCGGCAAACACUUCGAGGUCAUGAAGAAUGAUGCCAUUGUGUGCAAUAUCGGACAUUUUGACAUCGAGAUCGACGUUGCCUGGUUGAAGAAGAAUGCCAAAUCUGUCCAAAACAUCAAGCCCCAAGUCGACCGCUACCUCAUGGAAAACGGCCAUCACAUCAUACUCCUCGCCGAGGGCCGCCUUGUGAACCUUGGAUGUGCUACCGGUCACUCUUCGUUCGUCAUGUCAUGCUCCUUCACCAACCAAGUGCUCGCGCAGAUUAUGUUGUUCAAGGCCGAGGAUGAGGCGUUCGGUAAGCGCUACAUCGAGUUUGGGAAGACUGGAAAGAAGGAAAUCGGGGUCUAUGUCCUGCCCAAGAUUCUAGAUGAGCAAGUCGCUCUGCUGCAUCUGGAUCACGUCAACGUCAAGCUGUCGAAGCUGUCGGAGACACAAGCUGAAUACUUGGGUCUGCCUGCCGAGGGACCCUUCAAGAACGACAUCUACCGCUACUAG